CAAGCAUUGAGAGAGGUCUUCCCAACAAAAUUGCAAUUUGCAUUUACUCUUGGAGCGCGAAGCGACAAUAGAGCAGCGCAAAACCCGUUUAGAGAGUCAAAGAGAGACGCUCAUACAUGCAUCAAAGCGCAAGCAUGGGGGCCCAGCCAAAAACUUGCCGCGGCCGCAUGCGUGCGGGCCCUUUGGCGCAAAUACCCGGCCUUUCCUUGCACGUAGUGUGACCCUGAUGCGACAGUGAGUAUAUUUAUAAAUAUCUGUCCCUUUUCUUGCAAUGGGGUCGAUGACCAUUCAGGUAAAUCCUAAAAAUGAAUUGUUAAUUUGACGAUGGACGGAAACGCCGCAAAGGAGACGGCGACGAGAGACGCUGCGUCGUCAACAUCGCCGUCCGUUCGAGAUCGUGUCAAACACUUCGAGCGGGUUUCUCCGAGAAAAGGAAAAGAACAGGAACAGGCUGCAGAUAGCCCCGGGCGAGGCAAAAGUAUUCCUGUUUUUGUUUAAUCUUUGACCAGGAAGAUGAACUGCCGGCGGUCUGGACGUGGAGAGGGGAUCUUGAAUGUGCAAUGUAUAAGUAUAAAAAUGUAUGCCAGCCACACUUGCGACGAGUCAUGAAAUCCAGUGAUGAAUCUUAGUAGUGAACCAAAUGGAGGAGCAGCUGCAAUUGCGACAAUGAAAGCUGUAAUCAAAAGCAACAUUACUUGUUCCUCGUGCAAUUACCAGUUAACAACCUCAAAGAUCGCGUUACAAGUCCGACUCCGAGCUCGAGUGCAAAGGCGGGCAACAAAGUCGCAUUGGUGACGAGUCCUCCCUCUGCUUCGAAAGCUGUGCUGCCCCCAAUACCUUCUAUUCUUGGAGUAAAAGAUAUAGCGCCGCCGUGCCGUCCUUCAGCAUCAGCGUCGUCUGUGUCUCGUUCGCGCGACAGCAGUGGGGCGGGUGUAUCUCGUCCGCGCGACAUUUUGCGAAAUAAUAAUGAAUUUCACGAGCACGACAUUACCAUUACGCGGCCCCGUGAGGGGAAACAUCAAGACGCAGGGCCGGAAACAAGAGGUAAAGUCUCAACAUAGGAGCUUCUUAUAUCAAAUGAGUAAGGUCAGGACGUCGUGUCUGUGCUCCUGCGAUAGAAACAAAAACAUGUGAACCACAAUCCGAAAUUAAUAUAAGUAUAACUGUCAGGUACUAACAUCUUGAGUAGCGAUGGCGUCGUUAUGUUUGCUCCGGCAAAUAUGGAUAUGACCGAUGGGGCAAGUGCAUCAACUGCCUCUGGAGCCAGCGAGGAUAAGAAGGAAGCCAUUCGAGGCCCGACCCAUGCAGCUUCCAGGGUAAGUGGAGAAAUUUUCCCGCGAUGCGACGACGUGGAGAACGGGGCAAAUAAAACCGACGUGAAGAAUAUUGGGAACUACGGAGAAGGUCCUAAUAGAUACUUCUUUCUGUUUUGUAUUCGUUGUCUCUCGAGGUGAAGAUGUAAUAAGUCCGCUGUAAACCGGAUAAGGCACGUGAUCCACAAAGGGAGUGCACCUGCGAGCGGAAAAAUCGGACCCGCAUCUGCUUUUGCUUCGUCUCAUUGCAGAAAAGCAGUGACCCAAGCGAAGUCAGUCAGAAAAUUUACCUAUUUACCUCCAGGAAGAGGCACUGCCGGCGUUCUGGCCCUGGAGAGUGGAUCUUGAAUGUACAGUGUAAAAAAUGUAUGCCAGCCACACUUGCGGCGAGUCAUGAAAUCUAGUGAAGAAUCUUAGUAGCGAACCAAAUGGAGGAGCACCAGCAAUUGCGAAAAUGAAAGCUGUAAUUAUGUGCGAGCAACAUUACUUCCGCAUGCAAUUACCAGUUGACUUUAAUGAUCGCGUUGCAGGUCCGACUCCGAGCUCGAGUGCAAAGGCGGGCAAAAAAGUCGCGUUGGUGACUCCUCCCUCUGCUUCGGAAGCUGUGCCCCCAGUACCUUCUAUUCUUGGAGUAAAAGAUAUAGCGCUUCCGCACCGUCGAAGCCCUUCAGCGUCAUCCGUGUCUCUGUCGCGUGACAGUAGGGAUAGUAUUGAUCGGCAACAUCACCAGCAAGAAUCAGCAAUACCUUGUUCACGGCCGGAAACAAGAGGUAAAGUCUCAACAUACAUAGGAGCAUCUUUGUCAAAUGAGUGAGGUCAGGAUGUCGCGUUUGUGCCCCUGCGAUAAAAACAAAAACAUGGGGACCACAAUCCGAAAUAUAACUGUCAGGUAACAUCUUGAGUGCGAGCUCUACCUCCUGCUCCUCGAGCGAUGUCGUCGAUAUGUCUCUUCCGGCGGAUAAGAAUAUGACCGCUGGGGCGAGUGCAUCAACUGCCUCUGGGGCCCGUGAGACCCCUGCAGCUUCCAAGGUAAGUGGAGAAAUAUUCACGCGAAGCGACGCGAAUCGCAGUUCAUCAUUGUCGGUGAAAUUGCCUGCGAGCGCACAUGCCCAUGACGAAAUGAAACUCGCUAAGAAUGUAAACGACGUGGAGAACGCGAACGGGGCAAAAACCGACGUGAGUAAUAUUGGGAACUACGGAGAAGGUCCUAAUAAGUAGAUACUUCUCUCUGUUUCGUAUCUAUUCGUUGUCUUUCGACGUGAUGUAAUAAGUCAGCUGUAAACCAGAUAGUGCACGAGAUCCACAAAAGGAGUACACCUGCGAGCGGAAAAAUCGGACCCGCAGCUGCUUUUGCUUCGUCUCAUUGCAGAAAAGCAGUGACCCAAGCGAAGUCAGUCAGAAAAUUUACCUAUUUACCUACUAUUUUCAUCAGGUCACAAUAGCGGAUCAACAUCAACAGCACGUUGGCGGUCGUCAGGCACAGAUGCUGUUGCAGAAGCAGAUAGUACGUCCACGUGGAGAAGGAGCACAACGUGGCAUGCGACCGCUGCCGGUUCACCAGAGGUGUGCGUCGACCCCAGAGGAUCGCUGACUGCCACCGACCUUGGUGAUCCUGGUCGACACGGGGCGAGAGGGCGCAGAGGCACGGAGUCGUGGAGGCACACUGCUGCUCCGUUUCUUAGCGGUCUUUUCGAGAAAAGUUCAUCCAAAUCGAGCGCCUCGGGCACAUUACCGGCUGCGAAGUUAUUCCCCGCGGAGAAGAGCAAGGCGGACGCUGAGGACGCAGGUACUCCAACUUUUAUGGAAGCCAUGAUCAUGACCAGGCACCAGCGACUAGACUAGCCCUUCACUAAGAAACUCACUCCUAAUCAUGUAUUUUUAAUCAGGUUCAUCAGGCUCUGCUGGGGCGGCACCAGCGGCAGUACGCACUGGGUUCAGACCCUAUUCCCAAAAAGCGUGGAACACAACCGGAGAAGUCGUCGGAAAGCACUUCGUCCGAGACACCAUUCGCGGAUUUGGUACGGAAGACGAGCUCCGUGGAGUGCCGGAGCAUCCGCAUACAAGUCCAGGCAAUGUCAAACGAUCAGAUCGCUCUUCCCAGGGCUCGUGGACGGCGUUCGGACGCAAAACCAACGAGGGCAAGGACUUCGAGGCCAGGGUGCUGCUGGAGCAAACGACCGAGCUCCUCGUAGAUGCCGUCCGGCAGACAAAGAGUCUGCAGUCUGUGAUUACCGGCGGACACCCCCCCGGGGGCGGCGCGGUCACCGUGCCGGAGUUUUGCGAGUUCGCCCUGGGCUGGGACGAGGGAACUCCCGUCGCGGCCGCCGGGUCCUUUGUUUUUCGCAUAUGCGCGGGGCGGGUGGUUGCGCGUCUCGCGCACGGAGACACCGGAUCCAGCGACAGUUCCGUUAUUGUUCCCUGCGGGCACCUGGCUCGGCGGGAAGUAGCGCAGGGAAGGGCUGUCCGCGCAGUGACGCUUGGAGUGGCAGGCGAUGGGCGGUGGUUGGUCGUCGGGUGGCAGGGCGAACGCCCAAACCGGAGAAGAAAUCGAAAAAACCCGGUGCUAGCAGCAAGAAAAGUAAAAAUGAUGGUGAAGUGAAGAAGGAUAAGAAAAACCUCGGGGGCGGGAAAUUCGAGUGUGCAGCUCAGUUGAGUGCAAUCCGCCUGGCAAGAUACAGAGGAGCUGCCGCCCAAGACUUCGCAUCUCUCUGGCCAGACCUCUCCGGCCUAGGCUGGCCGUGGAACACAACAGCCUCUGCGACGAGGAGUCGAGCAGAACGAGACCGGAAUGCCGCUGUUGGCGAUCGCGAUGCGGGAGCAGCACAAGGAAGUAAUUCGGACAGCAUUGCGGGAAGUAACGAGAAUGACAAAGACGCGGCUAACCCGGACCAGCUGUUACGGGAAGAGGAUUCAGACAAGGGAAAUCAAUGAAAAGCAAAAGAGUCGAAAAAAGAUGUAGAGAUGUGCACUAACCGCGGCUCUACUAAACAGGACUACCGUGUUGACAUUUGUACUUAAACCAAUCAAGAGGCCGCAAGACGAGGCCUUGCUGAGGCAGCAUCUAUUCAAACUAAAUCUGAUAGCUCUAAAAGGUGCGAAACAAAUCGCAUUUUCUGUGUCUCCAAUUGAUAUGAGUAAAGAAAAUCGUAUUCCAAUGAAUACAACCGAAGAGAUUAUUUGUAUCAUGCUUAGUUUUCUGGGCGCGCUUCUUCUCCUGUACCUACUCUGUUGUAUGCAGGCUCGCUCGAAUCCUAGACUUCGCAGAGCAUUAGCAGCAUCGCACCUGAUGCAGAUAGGACACCGACUCCAACAGACCAUCCGGCACCAUUCACCUGUCAAAGGCUUGACUUUUCCGCAAAAUAAACAAAGGCGAUUAACGAAGCAGUGCGAUCGCGUGAUACACAAAACCGAGAAAAUAGAAAAUGACACUCACGGUCACGGCGAUGCAAGAAAACGACUACAGCAUUGGCAUCAGUUGCUGCCGCCAUGAGUUCAAUGAUUCCAG